GGCAGUAUCAUUACUUGACACUGAUAGGUUACCAGAUUUGGUAGCACGGUAAGAGCGCUGGUAUUUGAUAAACUGUCAAGUGUCAAACGUCACCGGUACGGAAUACAGCAACCAAAUUGAGAGUCGAAAAUAGUGACUGAUACGGAAACAAGUAACGAAACUAAAAUGACAGCGCUGUGCGGGUGAUUAAAAUGCUUGCGACCGAAAUGAUGCUCUUAUUGCCACAAGGUUGAAGAUCUCAAUACAGAGCCAUUUUUCGGCGAAUCUCAAUUCGAACAUUCUGACUUCCCCUUAUAUAUAUGACAUAUGACAUAUUUCAAUUGGCACAUAAUUGGUAAAAACGAUAAAAAAAACAGUCCGAAAUUGUCUGAUGGCGAAGCUGUGCGCUGUCUCCAUCGUCUGAUUGACUAAUCUCCAGUUGAAAAAAUAGGCUUUUAAUUUUAUUUUACCAAAAAAUAAUCCAAAAUGAUCCGGAAAAUACUGUUUGCAAUACUGUGCAAUUUAAUCAUAGUUCUACAUGCGUCGCACCUCGAGUACGACGGAUGGCUCAACAUUGAAUUAUAUCACGCGCUGGAUGUUCAUGAACCGCAGAAAUUUACCCCACGGGGCAACAUUACCAUCACCAGCCUGAACAGUGGUGCUUCGUCCGUGUCGCAGGAACCGUUAACCGUCCACGAACGAAACCAACUCCGUAAAUUAGCUGAGGAAAAUCGCCUGUACAGAUUAGAGGCUCACGUCCUCGAAGCCGAUGGCACCCGGUCCAAAUUCUUGACCUCAACUAAAGCAUGCGCGUUGACAAAAUCCCAACUGGCCGACGUACUGUGGGUUUCGCUUGAUCACGCCGGAUCUGUUACGGCCAUCACACAAUCGGUCAACAAUGGUAAUACGAAUAACUGCCGUGACUUGAUCGCUCGGGACUUUGAGGCGCUGGACGAAUUCAAUACAGACGUGUACGUGAAACCGAUGGAAAAUGCCCCUAUUCCGGACACUGCCAGUUUUAUCCAGAAAAUGGAACGAGAACGGGAAGCUCGAGAGCGGGGUGAGACCAAGGAUAAUCGUGGCUUUUUCGCCAAAUAUUGGAUGUACAUCGUUCCGGUAGCAAUUCUGGUUCUCAUUUCAGGAGCUACCAAUCCGGAAGGUGCAGGAAACCGUUAAGCCCAAAGAAUAAGACAGCAUUUCAUGUUUUAAUUUAUUACAGUAGCAUUUCUCUUACUAUGAAAUAAAGUCUAGAUCGCUACACA